UUGCAACUGUACUAAAGGAGAGCUCUUAUAAAAUGUUGACCUGGGAUAUAAAUUGAACUCUAUAUAUAAGCCAGAUGAACACAGGUGUGUAACGAGGUGUACUGUUUUAGACAAGUGUCACCAGUGUGUGUAAGUUAAUAACUGUAGUUCGAGUAUAAACCAAGGAUACUUUACUACCAAGUAUCUAUAUACGACGUUCUGAAGGCGAUUAUAAGGGUUAAUGUGUGCCAAAGUGUGUAGUUUUAAAGUAUUGUCUUUUGUUCUAUGAUACGACUCUAUGGAAUGAUUAGGACCAGAAAAGGAUUCGACAACUACUAACAUAAAUGAUGUUUUGCCUCAAAGUAACAUAAAUUAUUGGAUACAUAUGAGGAUCAUAUGUGCAUAAUCCGGGUAUAAUACUAAGGCGACAUUGUAUGAAACGCCAAUAAGUCGGUAAAUUUUUAACAAUGGCGGACAAUCUCACAAAUACUGUGCAAGAUGACUAUAAAUCACCCUGGGUACGCGCCAGUGGGAGGAAAUCUACAUAUAAGCACACUUUCAGCUCAUGGGAGUCAACCGGGCACGUAGAUUUCCAACAAACAUUGUCCCAGGCAUCGAACAAGGGUGAUGUCACAAUCAACCUAGAAAAUGCGGAUGAAUCCUACGUGGAAUCCGUAUUCAAAGAAUCAAAGUAUGUGGCCCUUGGAAUGCUUCGCAACCUGCUGCUAACCGCUGUAGUGUUCAUUGCGGUUCUGCUGUUCCAAGCUUUGUGUAUGUGGAGCAGCGAUAGCAUUUACGCCAUGUAUACACAUCCAGAUGCGCCACCACUACAACCAGAAAUGAAAGAAUGGAAUAUGUCAAGGUUGUAUGACCAUAUACAGGUAUUAUUCAAUGGCUUGAAUAAAGGAGAGCGCAUAUCCAUACGAUACGCUGACGCACUUAUCGCUAUUAUGUUCAUCGUCAUAGGAACCAAGGCCAUUUUCUUGUCACCGCUCAUACCAGCAUGCCAAAUGCUCAUUAGAUACAUGGUUGUCAUGUCCCAGAUAUACUUCAUCAGGGCACUGUUCAUCGCCGCAAGCGUAGUACCAGCAUCAAUACCCAAUUGCACAACAUUCAGCCCUAAUGACAGCUUUGCAAAACAGUAUCUGCACGUGCUAUUGGGGUAUUUCUCUGUGGUCGAUACGUGUACCGAUAUGAUAAUAUCGGGACAUACCGCAGGAAGUAUCAGCAUCAUGCUAAUGUUUGUACUACAUAACAGGCAGUGGUACCUCAAUACCAUAAUCAUGAUCGUUGCUGGUAUUAUAUGCUUUUUGUUAAUCCUUACAAGGGCACACUACACCAUCGAUAUCAUGUUCGGGAUGCUAUUCGCCCUGCAGAUAUACUCGCAACAUCUACGCAUGGUGUCCAGAGUUGGUAGAUGCACUUUCAAAGGAUUGCAACUUGGAAACUCAGUAUUCUCGUCCAUAUGCAAGCUUGUGUCAAAAGUGGAGAUGGUCGAAGAAAGAGUUAAUCUAUUCAUACGCCUCCAACAUCUUAGAGAUGCCCAUAUUAACAAGGAUGCAACACAGAUGCAGAAACUUGACUUUUAUUACAAUAUAUACGGCAUAGAAGAUGAAAUGCAACCCAGAUGUGUCUACAAGGGAUAUGACGAAUGGAGUCUGGCUAACGCUAGACUUAUUAAACGACUUGUGUUGCAGAAGACGGGAUCACGUGAACAGCGCCACAAUUUAGAUAGUGAACAACCAGCCUUAGAUGACACACCUGUAACACAAUCUUAAUAUAUAAAAUCAAAGUCAUGGACGAUU